UUCCUCCUUCUUAUAUCAUUCAAUUUUUUUAAACAGUGACAGAGACAAACAUUAACCUCCUUGAUUUCUUGCUGUGUAUCUCUCUCAAUCUGUCACUAAGUCACUUGUUUCUGUUUCAAGCAGUGUUUCCUCUGAAUGAUAAAUUCUAGCUUUUCUCUCCCUCUGUCGCUGCUCUGUGAACUCACUUCUGCUUCUGGCAGUUUGUCAUUGUAUCUUUGUGUUUUGGAGUGCUAAUUGGCUAGUAAGAGGUGUGUGGGAAAUGAAGAUUUGGACUGUUCCAACACAAGUGAGGCAUAGUAUGAAUCUAUCCAUCCAUGUUCCUUGGUUGCUGUGUGUGUUCCAGUACUGGGGAGUUGUGAUUGCAGGGUCCACCCCAGCUCUGUAUGGGGAAGUGCAGUCACCUGGUUACCCCAAUCCUUAUCAUCCAUCCCUUAAUGAAAGUUGGGACCUAGUAGUACCCCAGGGGUACACCCUCAACCUCACAUUCCGUCACAUUGAUAUUGAGCCUUCACACGACUGCUAUUAUGACACCCUCAUGGUGAUGUUUGGAAAGAGAUUUCUGGGAAGGUUCUGUGGUCACAAUUAUGUUUCCAAGGACGAUCCCUCUGACAGCUAUUCCGUCAUGUCACCUGGCAACAGUCUGUGCCUUGUCUUCAAGACAGACGCCUCAACCCCAGGACCACACAGAUACAGCGGCUUCUUGGCCUUCUACCAGGCUGUGGAUAUAGACGAGUGCUCUGCAGAGGAUGAAAAUGGGCAGGCAUGUCACCAUGAGUGUCAAAACACCCCAGGCGGGUUUUUGUGCUCCUGUCGCAAUGGAUACCAGCUACAGCCUGACAACAGCUCCUGCCUGCCUGUGGACUGUGGCUUUCCUGUGCCAAAGAAUGGGACACUACGAGUGGUCAGUAAGAUCCCCAAAACUCUGUAUCAGAACGAGAUUCAGUUUGGGUGUGAGUCCAAGUACUACAGACUGGAGGGAGACGAUGUGUACAGAUGUGAAGCUCAGGGCUACUGGAGGUCUUUGAAUGGCAGUCGGAAUUUGCCAAAAUGUGUUGAAGUGUGUGGGGAGCCCGAGAUUGGGUUCUCUGAUUUUGGCCGUAUCCUUGGAGGCAGUGAGGCCAAACCAGGUCAGAUCCCCUGGCUGGUCUAUGUUAAAGAUCCAGUAGGUGCAGGGUCUCUAAUCUCAGACCGAUGGGUCCUCACCGCUGCUCAAGCGAUUGAAGGGCAGGACAGACCAGUGCUGUACGGAGGGACAGUGGACGUUGAGAAUAUUGGGAGCUCUAACAGCGCUGUGAUUCUGGAGAGUGAGAAGGUUUUCAUCCAGCCAGAUAGCCGAACAGCCCCAACAAGAAGAAAACCUUCAAAUUUUGACAACAGAAUCGCCCUGGUCAAAUUGAAAUACCGCGCACCCCUGGGACCCCAUCUCCUCCCUAUCUGUCUCCCCGAGAGGAAAGAUGAUGGGACUCUAAUUCUCAAUAGACUAGGGUAUGUUUCUGGAUGGGGCAGGACAGAAAACGGCACACUGAGCUCGAAACUGUUGUAUGUCAAGAUCCCUGUGAUGGACAGAGACACCUGCUUCAAGAGGAAAGAUGGAAAACCAUUGGUGCAGACUUUCAGCGAGAACAUGUUCUGUGCUGGUGAGAUGGGCAAAGAUAGCUGCCAUGGAGACAGUGGGGGUCCCUUCUUCCUCCGAGAGUUUCAAAGAGGAGCAGGAGGACAGAUAGAAAGGGGUCCAUUCCGUCUCUAUGGUGUUGUGUCCUGGGGAAUAGUCUGUGAGGACAGAGGUUACUUCACCAAAGUAGACAAUUACUUGGACUGGAUUAGAGAAACUAUUGAGAAAGAGGAGAGAAAAACAACAUUAGGAUUAUAAAAGAGGGGUAUUUCCCAAUAUGUUAGUAGAGAUUGGACACAAAAGACUCCAUUAAAUUAGAUUUGAAAGUGCAGGACCCAUUCAAUCUGAAUUAUAGUGCACAAGAAGUUACUAGAUCAUUUUGACAUCUCUUUUCCACGUAGGCUGAGAUUGGGUAGAUUAAAAUAGCUUGUGUAAAUCACUAAAGUUUUCACUUUGAACCUUUGUAUCUGAUAACGGGGUUGAGCCUAGUACAUUUUGUGGGGUUUCCUUGUGUAGAAAUGGGAACCCUCUGUUAUGAGGGAUUAGGAAUCGGUCUGGAUUUUGAGACUAGCAGGGCAUAUUGCCAGUUCAUUCAUUACCUUCUAAUCUACCCCCCCCCAUCUUGAGCUGCAGAGUGAUACAAAACAUUAGAAGUGGUAACUUAUUAGAAGUAAACCCGUGGGUUAAUUUUGUAUUUUGUCUACUCUAGUCAGUCUUGUAGAUCACCCUACCGUUCAAUUAAUUAGUGGAUUAAUCAGUUAUGUAAUUACUUAAUAGAAUCACCUAUCCCUCCCUUUUCUAACCGGUUCAACCAAUUCAAUGUCAUCGGGUACCUGAAGCAUGUCACGGUCAGCAAUGCAAGGUGGGGGUACACCCUGGAUGGGAUGUACUGUAUGCCCAUUGAAGACAAUAUACGGACACAAACAC